GAGCCGCCGCUCCCGCCGCCGGCGCCGCCGCCGCCGUUGCUGAUGCCGCAGGCCAGGACUGGUCACGAGGCCGGCACGGACGCUGCCGCCGGCCUGCAGCACACUGCGGCGAAGAAGGCCAAAGCUGUGUAUAAGCCGGCCCGCUGUGACGUUUGUUCCAAGAUCUUCUACAAGAGGAGCAACCUUCGCGUCCAUAUGCUCCGGCACCUGGGUGCCCGUCCGCACUGGUGUCAGAAGUGUGGCAAGACCUUCUCCGACCCGUCCACCUACUCGCGGCACGUGGCCUCCGUCUGCGGCGAGCAGCGCCACCUGACGUGCCACGUUUGUGGCAAGGCAUUCUACCACCAGGUGCACCUUAAAGAGCACCUGAGGAAGCACACGGGCGAAAAACCGUAUUCGUGUCAGGAGUGCGGGAAGAGCUACGCGUGCCAGGGAAGCCUGCGGCGGCACCGGGCCGGCCAGUGCACGGCAAGCCGCCGCCGCCGGCGACAGCUACGGCUGCGCCGUCUGUCGCAAGACCUUCCGUUGGCCUGAGGCUCUGGCCGGCCACGCCCGUCUACACGCCGGUGUCACGCUACCGCCGCCGCCACC